AUGGCUUUCAACUUCAACUGGUCGCCGCUCAUCGCCGACACGUCGCGGGCCCGUGACAUGCUCACGACUGCCUUGAACAAGUCGCCCAAGCCGCCCAUCAUCGUCGACGACAUCAUCGUCACGGAGCUGAACCUCGGCACCACCCCGCCCGAGCUGGAAAUACUGGAGAUUGGCGAUUUGGCCGAGGAUAGAUUUAGGGGCAUCUUCAAGAUGUCGUAUGCCGGUGACGCGUUUCUGACUCUAAAGACAAAGGUGCAGGCAAAUCCACUCAAGACAUAUCUCUCCAAUAAACCAGACUUUGCCUCGCCGCAACCACUAGCUGCGGCAGCGGGCUUGACGAUACCGUUGCAGAUUACCCUAUCUAAUAUCCGUCUGUCCGGCUUUGUCAUCUUGGUCUUCUCCAAACAAAAGGGCUUGACGCUGGUCUUCAGGAACGACCCGCUGGAGUCGCUCAAGGUGUCGUCGACGUUUGACUCGAUACCCUUUGUGCGCGACUACCUGCAAAAGGAGAUUGAGGGGCAGCUGCGUGUCUUGUUCAUGGAGGAUUUGCCCGCCAUCAUUCACAGGCUGUCAUUACGUAUGUUAUCGCCAGAGUACCAAGAAAUUGAAACAGAAGAGCGCUUAGAAGGCGCAAACGAUACUACCGCAGCCAUCGAUCCCCUUGCCUCUCCACCAGAAGAUGCCGUUGAUGCCUUUGGCAACCCGCUAGACGAAGCCCAGAUCUCGGCCAUGUCACUCGACUCGGGCGAGAUCCACGCCUCCUUCUCACAGAAGAAUAUCCUGCGCCUAGCCGCCCUGUCCGAGUCGCAACGUACCCUAUCGCUCUUUACACCCGGUAUUCGCGAAGCCGUCUUUAGGGCUUGGGCAGGUCAUCCAGACCGGGCAGAAUCAGGCGCGGCUACACCCGCCCUCACACAAGGCAGUCUGUCAAGGAUACAGUCGACUUUUGGAAGCCUCAAGUCGGGCGCAUCAUCAGUGGCGUCUGGCAGCACCGGCAAUGAGACACUCAGUUCACGACCCACCCUUGCGUCGUCCUACUCUACAUCCGCUGGUAUCAGCCUCGGCUCGGGACGCUCACGUGCGGGCGGCAUGCGGAAACGGAAGAAGCGAGUUGUCGACCUGCGAAGGAAAGAUGGCGCAGACUCUGGCGUCUCAACAGAAGCGAACACGCCGCUGCCGAGUACACAGGUAUCCGACACAUCCAGUGUCAUUCCAGAGGAGAGGGAAGCAGAGGAAGAGCUUGCUACACCACCUACGAGCCCUCCUCAACCCGGCCGACGUUUUGAGAGUCGGCGCGGCAGCCUUGACGUUGGGACACCAAAGCGGAUACCAGAGGAGCCCCCUACUUUCGGACCACUCCUCGCACCCGCACCUCUAAUACCCAACGCCUCCAAGGCCGCAAAGUCGAAACGGACAGUAUCACCUCCCGCUCAUCUCGAAGAUCCAUUCGUGUCCCACACGUCUUCCCGCCGUCCACCAAUCUCCCGCAACAAACUGCGGCAAGCACAACAAUCCACCUCCCCACUCCUCCGCUCCCUGUCCUUUGACAAAGUCUCCUCGCUAUCCGCUCUUUGCUCCCCACCUCGCAUUUCCUCUCCACCCAAUGCCGACCUCAUGUCUAGCUCGGGCGGCAUAUUGGAACAAGCCUGGAUGCAGAAGAUGGCACAGGAAAUAGCGAGAAAAGUACAGGAAGAAAAAGAUAAAUCAUCGGGUCAACGACGACCCUCACAUUCUCGUACCAAGACGGCUCCCACGGGUGGGUUCUGGCAGGGCGAAGAUGAAGUUGAGGCUCCACCCGCCUAUGUUGCGUAAUUGGAGAAGAAAGAGAAGGAGAGAGCGAUGAACGAAGUUAUGAGCGAUGAACUUUUUUUUAUCAUGACCAACCUUGUUUCUCUACCCCUUUUUUGGAAAAAAUUGUUUUCUCGAAUUGUCGUUUGCAUCAACCAUCUUUUUAUUAGUGUUUGGUCUUCUUUGUUGUUGUUUCCUUGCGUCGCAUUUUCUUGUCGUCCGUUAGCAUUGGCGUUCAUACCCGAGGUCAGCGGGGGGUUGGUUGGGGUUAAAAGCUCGUUGUGGAUCAACUUGAGUUUUAGAAUUGGGAAGUUUGUGGAGCAUUUACAUGGGGAGGGAGGGAAGGAAGGCCAAGCAAAAAAAGAAGAGUGGGUAGAGAUCGAGGGUGGAGAACACACGGUGGCCGGCCGCUAAGUAACUUUGCCGGAGUUGAGUAUAUUUAAUCUCUCAUCACUCACUGCUGUUGUGCCGAUAGUGUAGGCCAACAUAGAGGUAGUCAAAUAUUAACAUCACCACUAUAUCA